AUGCAAAGGAUAGUGAACGGCUCUACCGUGGUUACCAGUACAGGGGUCUCUACUGAAUACACAACAAGACGGCCAACGACUGAAGACGUCUCAACUGCCCCAACAACUAAUUGGUCAUCCGCGAAAGAUUUGUCAACAGCGACAACUGGGGUCACUACUGAAUACACAACAAGCCAGUCAACGACCAAAGACGUGUCCACUUCGCCAACAGAAUGGACGACCGCGAAAGACUUGUCGACAGCCACAACUUGGGUCACUACUGAAUACACAACAAGACGGUCAACGACUGAAGACGUUUCAACUGUCCCAACUAGUUGGUCAUCCGCGAAAGACUUGUCAACAGCUAAAACUGAAACACUGAAAUUAACUACAGCUCGUCAGCGCACGACUGUCCCGUUGGACCAAAAUAUUGCCACCACGCGUCUGAAAACCACAGUGGCCACAACAAGGUUAGCCACAAAUCCGCGAUCGGCACCAGUCACGACCUUAGCCACCACCAAGUCCACAACGCGCCCGCUUACUACAAUUACCAGAAACACCGUAUUAGGCGACUGCCUUGCGUACCCAGAUUGUUCAUCAUGUAUUGGUAAUUCAGACUGUGUUUGGUGUGCUGCUGAUGCAAGAUGUGUACCAAAGGAAACGUGUGAAAUUAACAACUAUUGGUUCGGAAAUGAUGAGAACAUGUGCUUGGUGCUGACAUACAUAGGAAUGUAUUCCAUUCGGUUUGAACCAGACAUAGGCAUUACAGACGGAGGAACAGGAAUUCUUAUUACAUUAGAGACUGCUAAUAAUGUUACCUUUGACGCCAAUGGGCUUGAAAUUCGAAUAAUCAGUGCUCCCUGCACAGGAGCUGAAUUUGUGGACAACACCAAUGGAAACAGGUUCACCUUGCAGUGUUCAACAGGACCCUCCCAGUCCGCUGAAGGUAUCUUAGACAUCGCCAUUGUGGUGGACCAAACAACAUUACAUCUGCUGUCAAUAAACACAUUUGCAUAUGUAGACCCGCACAUUGAUACCUUCCAGCCAACGAUAGGACCACAAUCUGGAGGAACAAAUAUCCUUAUAAAGGGACAGUAUCUUGAUAUACUCGGUAACGUGACAGUCAGUAUUGGAGACGCCAUAUGUGAACUUGAACUGCUAUACUCCACGAUGAUUGGUUGCACUACGUCUGCUGUCCAGAAUAUUUACAGUGACGUCAUCAAUAUAAAGUACAGUGGCACCACGUUCGCGAGACGAAGUACGCGAGUGUUUGUGUACGACGUAGACCCUACUAUAGAGUCGAUUGUACCUUUGAAGAUGUUCAUUGGCGGAGGUGAAAAACAGCUUGUGCGAGGGACGAGCUUCAAUACAAUUUUAGCACCCAAGUUUGUUGUAUCCAUGGUUACCAACACUACAGUCAGUGACUACAUUACACUGUGUGAAGAUUUGAACAAAACCCACCUAUCAUGUCCUUCACCACGACUAACGUCAAACGUGUUAAUUACGGAUGACCAGAAUACCAGAAAGCGAAGAAGUAAUGACUGCCACCAAGUACUCUCCGACCCGCAGUCAGGUGAAUCCAUUGAAUUCCUGGUUGGAUUAAUCCUUGACGGAGUUACGGAGUGGUUACCGGAGAAUAUCCACCAAUAUUUAGAUGCAGAGUUCACGCAAAUGCGGGUGUAUGAGAACCCUGUAUACUACAAAUUCGGCGAUGAUGGUAAUGACAUCCGUGUCCAUGAUGGGGAUGUUUCACUAUACCUUGUGAUAGAGGGAGAGCGAUUAAAUUGUGGUGCACAGGAGAGCGACAUUGAAGUUCAAGUUGGAACCGGUUUCUGUAAACUAGUAUCACUGUAUUACGACCAAUUAACAUGCAUACCCCCGGCAAGAAAACCUCCGACGAGAAGUGAGUAUGAAGCAAGCCAUGGACACCCACAUGUUAUGGUUCGAGUCGGCGUAUACGAUACCAAUUCUUACUUCAUCGGGUAUCUUCGGUAUAAGGACGAUGAUACCAUCAGCAUAACUGUCAUCUUACUGGCAUUUGUUGUGACAUUGCUGGUUAUCUUGGUUAUUAGUUCCAUCAUUAUUUGCAUCGUUUGCACUUAUCGGGACCGGUAUGAAGAGAAGAAAGCAGAGAAAGCUAAACUAGAAAAAUACGAACUUGAUCAUACUUACCAAUCACUUAUUGGCGACGAUUGGAAAAAAGACCCGUUUGCAUAUCUCACCAGCGAUAUGAGGAAUAAAGUAAACAGUGUAAAGAUCGACAGUUCGAAACUGAAAUUACACUAUAACGACGUUUACGGAAAAGGCCACAAAGGGAUGGUUAUUAGAGGUACACUAAAGACGAAAAACAUGGACUAUCGUAAUUCAAGAGAUGUUGCCGUAAAAAUUUUGAAAAAUGACAUGGAUCUCAAUGAUGUACGGCGAUUCAUUGAAGAAGGUUUACUGAUGAAGGACUUCGACCAUCCAAAUGUUCUGUCGCUCAUUGGUGUUUGUGUCGAGAAAGACGGUGCACCGUUAAUUGUAUUACCUUUUAUGAAGAAUGGGGAUCUCAAGGCAUACAUUGACAACCCAAAUAAAGUGUUUUCUGUGAAGAACCUUGCCACGUAUGCCCUGCACGUAGCAAGAGGAAUGGCUUAUCUCAGUGACAGAAAAUGUGUCCACCGAGAUUUGGCAGCCAGGAAUUGCAUGGUGGAUGAAAAGGAAGUCGUGAAGGUUUCAGACUUUGGAUUGUCCAGAGACCUCUAUGAAAGUGAUUAUUAUUCAUCCUUGGACAAAAGUGUCCAGCUACCAGUUAGGUGGAUGGCUCCUGAAAGUUUCCGAAAGAAAAUCUACACAAGCAAGAGUGAUGUGUGGGCAUUUGGAAUACUAUUAUGGGAGUUGUUGACGCGUGGAGAAACACCAUACGGUGCUGUUCAGAGUUGGGACAUACUGAAUUAUCUGAAUAAAGGAAACAGGCUUCAGAAACCCAUGUAUGCCCCGGAUGAACUAUAUAGAUUAAUGCAGAAGUGCUGGGAAGAUGACCCAAAUGAAAGACCAAAUUUUCACACAAUUGUCCGCGAUUUAGAAAAGUUAUUGCAGUCAGUACCAAUGGAGAAUCAUCCAUCAGCGGAUUACCUGACGCCGUAUGACCAAACACCUAUAUUCGAUUAUCCAGAUCAACAGUAAUGUUUUACCAUAUGGAUCGGGACUGACUGGUAGGGUACAG